AUGGACAAGAAGAUAAAGCGGUUCUUGAAAGAUGCGGUGCGUGUUGCGCCGAAGAUAUCCAACAAAGGGGAGCUGUUUGAAUUAAAGAAUGGUCUCGUUUCCAAAUACCCGCAAACCAGGAAGGACGCGAUCAAGAAGACCAUUCAGCAGAUGACGCUCGGAAAGGAUGUGUCUUCUCUGUUUCCUGAUGUGCUGAAGAACAUUGCGACGUCGGACAUUGAGCAGAAGAAGCUUGUGUACUUGUACGUGAUCAACUACGCGCAGACACACCCGGAGCUGUGUAUCUUGGCCGUGAACACGUUUGUCACAGACGCACAGGACCCCAAUCCGCUGAUACGGUGCAUGGCAAUCCGGACGAUGUCCAUGAUCCGUGUGGACAAGAUUCUGGAGCACGUGGAAAUUCCGUUGCGCAAGACGCUGCAGGACGACAACCCUUAUGUUCGCAAAACUGCAGUGAUAUGUGUGGCAAAGCUGUUCCAACUGAACCGGGAGCUGUGCAUGGAGCUGGACGUGCUAACAGAUCUCAUGUCUGCCCUUGACGACAGCAACCCCAUGGUGGUAGCGAACUCUAUUGCAGCACUGACUGAGAUCUACGAACUAGACCGAUCAGCUGUGCCACUUCCAUUGCUGAUCCAGUCGCAUGUGACCCAAUUUUUGAAUGCACUGAACGAAUGUACUGAAUGGGCGCGGAUUACAAUUCUUGGUGCACUUGCCCAGUACGAGGCGAAAGAUGCCAUGGAGGCACAAGACACAAUCGUGCGCGUAACACCGCAUUUGCAGCACGUGAACGCUGCCGUUGUGUUGGCUUCCGUGAAGGUGAUUGUCAAGAACCUGGACUUUUUGCCUCGGGAAAUGCAGAAGCAGCCCAGCGAGAAAAUAUCGACAGCCCUCGUCUCUCUAAUGUCUACGCCUCCUGAGAUGCAAUAUGUUGCGCUAAAGACCAUCAGAAUUCUACUCCAGAAGUACCCAACUCUGCUUGAGAAGGAAUUGAGGAUAUUCUACGUCAAGUUUAACGAUCCCAUGUACGUGAAGCUCGAGAAGUUAGACAUCAUGGUGCGCCUAGUCACUACCUCGAACUUGAAGCAAUGCAGCACGCUUCUGCUUGAAUUGCGCGAGUACGCUUUAGAGUUUGAGCCCGAGUUUGUUUCCAAGGCGAUCCUUGCUAUUUCGCAGUUGGCGAUCAAGUUUGCACAUGGUGCCGAUGCUGUCAACGCUUCCAAGUUCAUCGCCAAGGCCAUAGAUAUCCUGAGUACCCUCAUCCAGGAUAGGAAUACAUUCCAGGACGAAUGUUUGAUAUCCAUAUGUGACCUCCUAAGAUACGAUCCGCAGCUUUCCGGCAUGCCACUGUCAAUCAUUUCCUCCUGGACUGAUGCAGAAUCUCGGCUGGUCACAGACCAGGGCAAAUGCAAUUACAUUUGGUUGUUGGGGCAGUACCAAUUCCCCAACGCAGAGGAGAAGCUCAUGCAGUUUGUCGACACAUAUCCGCAGCAGGGCCAGUCUACGCAGAUGUCCAUCCUCGUGACAGUGGUGAAGCUCAGCCAACAGCUGCCGGGCCAUGUUCUGCAACGCGUGCUCGAGCUGGCUACGACGCAAGCACAGGAUAUUGACAUCAGAGAUAUGGCAAUGCUAUACUGGCGUUGUCUAUCGCUUCCAAACCCGGAGUCGUUGAUCAACGAACUCUGCAAUACCAAGCUACCCCAGCUCACCAACACCCUUGACUACUUUUCGCCGGAACUUCUGCAUACGCUGCUCAACGAGCUCUCCACAUUGUCGUCCAUAUAUUACAAACCACUCUCGCAGUUCAAGUACCGCGCGCCUCAACAGAGUGAAGUCCAGUCAAAGGCACUCGAUGAGCUUACGUCCCUCGCGCACGCGGAGAUCGCCAAAAACAUGAAUAACGAGACCCUACUGAAUAUGGACGACGCACAGGCAGCCCCAAAGCCCGGAAACACGCUUGCAGAGCUCAGCGACCUCUUCGGAAACACUGGAGGUUCGUUGCUGGACAAGCCCAUGCAAGACAUGUCGCUCCAUGCCGACAGCCGUACUGUACAAGGCGCCUCGAAGGACCUGCUCGAUCUGUUCUAA